UAUAUUUUUUUAGGUGCCAAGUGGAUUUUUCUAUAUUAUUGGAAUAUUGCGCUUGAAAAAAUUGUUGCUGAUUUAAUCGAAAUGAUUCGAAGUAGAUAUUUGGAAGAAAUAUAAAGAAUCCGUAGAUGAAAUUCAACAGAAUUAACCAUAGAAACCAUGGAGGAGCAAGCGGAAACUAAUAAUUUAGAUUUGGCUCUUAGUUUGGAUGUACAAAGUUCUAUAAGCUGCCUCAAUCCAUUCGAUAGACCACCCAAUAUAAUGGAUGACGAAUUAAAUAGUGUUACCCAAGAGGAAUUGGAAGCAAAUCUCUCCACAGACUGUCCCAUUACAAAAAAUACUGAAAGUGCGCCAACCAGUUGGGAGCAAUUAAUACAGAGCGUUUUUCUUGAAGAUAAUUCAACACAAGACGCGGUAGAUCAUCAGUCAGAGGUGUGCGAGACACAAGAUAAAGAUGUCGUCGAAUCAGUGAUCACAGAGCAGGCAGAUAUUGAUGCUUUGAAAUUGUUGAAAGAUGAAAUUAAAGAAAUCGAAGAUGGUGGUAUGGAAUGGGGUCCAGGGACAGGCUCUCAGACUGAUCAAAAGGAAAUGCCUAUGGAAACAGAGGAAAGAGUUGAUAGAAACCCAGAGAUAACGUCUGAGGAUACUGAAGAAAUUGAGAAAGACAUGGAUCAAGACAAAUGUGCUGAUCAGCCUGACACUUCCAGUGAUCAAGGUUUAUCACCUAAGACGGAAAUAUCAAUUCAUAGCACAACCUUACUGUCACAAGAUGAAGACAUGUUCAACUGCUUUUACGAUGAAACUACGAAUGAUGUUGAUAAUGAGUUGUGCCAGGUGGAAAUCUAUUCCUCAAACUCUAAUGAAAAUUUAAAUUUGAUUGUGCCCAAAUCCCCAGGGUUCGUGGAAAAUAAUAAAAUGCCCAUCAAGGAAGAGUUGCCGGAAGAUAAUGACGACAUUCUAAGCGAUGCCUCAUCACUAUCAAUUGGACACAUUGAGGAAUCUGUAAAUCUGCAAGAAAAUCCUGCGCGAAAUGGAAAUGUACAGUUAUCGAUUAUAAACAGCGAUCAUUGUUAUUCCCAGGAAAAAAUUACACUAAAUGAAAGAGAAACACUAAAACAAAACCUUAUAAAUUAUGUCAUACAACAAUAUCCAACAAAAGACCACGAGAGAAUUAGCGAUUUGGUGGACAAAUUAUUUAUUGGCUUAGAUAAUCACAAAGUAGAUUUCAUAUUGGAGUCAAUGGAGAAGCAGGAAGAUGUGCAUGAAGAGCAAGUGGGACUCAUUGCAGAAGGGAAGGAGGAGGAGAAGGAGAAAGACCAAGAAGGAAUCGUAGAAGCGGAGGGAAAUCAAGUAAAAACAGAAGAAGAACAAUCAAAUGGCAAUAGUCAAACUAUAGGGCUGACAGUUGAUGAAGCCGUUCCAACCAAAGUUGAGACAGAAUUUUCGACUGAUAGCCAAGAACUGGGUUUAGAUGAGCCAAUUACAAAUGAAGAGAAUAAAAAUUCUAUAAAUUUGCCUAAAGCAAAUGAAGUAGAAAACGAAUCUUAUGAAGAAAAUGUAAAUCAAGCCUGUUCGGAGAAUACGGAAAUGUUGGAAACAAAUGAAUCAUACAAAGGUGAAGCUGGUGGGAAUGUUAAUUUGGAGGAAACGGAAGCAAAAGACAAUGAAACAAGUGACAAUGCUAAUGACGAAAAAUCUCUUGAAAGUUCUUGCAAGGAUAUCACUGAAUCGAAACAACUCAAUGAAACAUUGGUGGAUAAUUGUUCUGAGCCACUAGAACACCAUAUGUUUGAGGAAGAAUUUGAAGCGCUGUGCAAAUCCGGUAAACUGAAAUUAGAAAACUAUAGGCAAAUCCAUUCAGCUGGCCUUUUGGAAAAACUUAAUGAUUUUGCCACAAACAUUCAAAGAGAUUGCAGAUAUUUUUCUUCAGCUUCAACCAACAUUGAUCAAAAAUUAAACGAUUAUAUCCAGCAGCAGUAUAAACAUUUUCAAGAACAAUUCAGUGCAUAUUGUAUAGUCUCAGAUGCUAAUAAGAAAAUCACAGUGGAAACACAAACUGAUUUUAAAAAAAUAACCAAACGUCACAGACGUAAACUUAACUUAGAAUCGAAAAGUAAUCUUAUGAAGACCUCGGAUAAAUCUUCACAAUACGAUUCGUCCUCUUCUUCAUCUCUUUCGGGGGAUGAAAAAGGAAGCAGGAACAGUAUAUUGGAAACAACUAAGCGGAAGAAACGAUCCCCGAAAAAAACAUCCAUUAAAAACGAGAAUAAUUCUUCAGACCCCGAAAAUGCAUUACCAAACGAAGCAAAGCAGUCGCAAACAAAUCCUUUUCAAGAAUAUGAUGAUGGCAUUAAUUUAUCUCAGUACGUUCAGUCUGAAAUAUUCGAUAUAGAAUCCCAACAAACUCCAGUGCCAUCAUCCGUCGAGGAUAGUGACGCUUCGGAGAAAGAAGUCGAAGGCGAGGGUGUUUCGAAUAAUUAUUUGCCAGACGAUGGCAAUGACAGUGAUUCCACAAUAUUCUUCAAACCUAAAAAGAAUAAGAAAUCAAGCUUAGAUGAUACAAAGUCAUUGAGCACGGACACGAAAAAAUCUCGUACCAAUCGAGGUGAUAAUAUGUCGUCGCCAAAUAGUGAAAGCGAUAAAGAAAAUCAAAUUGUCUGUUCAGAAAGAUCAGAAAGAAAGUCAAUGGAUGAGGAUGAAAAGAAUGACAAGGAAAUAGAACGACUGAUCAACAUUGAUGGCCUUGCCAAAAGAAGUGUAGCUAAUACGAGCACUUCUGUGAAAAGUAAUGACAAGAGCAAGGCUAAGGCAACAGUUGCAAAAAAUGUCGACGAUGGCUUGGGUUUCAUGGAUAUGGACGGCUUAUCCGAUGAUGAGGUGAAAAGUGAUACCGAAGAGGAAGUUAUUACAGAAAAACAGUUUCUCGAACGUUGUAAUGAGGACAUCAAAAGACAAAUGUUGGACGAGUCUAGUACUGAUUCUGAGGAAUUAGAAGCAGAAGAUGAUGAAUUCCUCCAAGGUGAAUCUGAUGAGGAUGAUGAGGACGGCAAAAACUCCCCAUUAGUGGAUAAAUUCCUAAAAACUUAUGUUGUAGACGAUAGUGACAACGAAGUGCUGGAUGAGGAUGACGAUAUAGAUUUGGAUAGUGAUAAGGAGCCUGGUGAAGCAGGAGCUCCACCCUCGACUAAAGAAGUCAGCAAUGAGGACGAGCCUGCCGAUUUGUCUAUUAAAGAGAAAGAAUUGGAUGAAUCAAAAAUAUCGGAUGCAAACAAUGUCAAUGAAGAACAGGAGGGUGCCCAUUCGGCGUCUGAAAUUGAACUUUUAAAUGACAAUCUGUUGUUUCGAAAACGUGGUAGUAGUCGUCCUCAAAAGUUGGACAAAAUGUUAUCAGACGCAGAAAAACGUAAAAGAAUCAGCAAAAUCGAUGAAGAGCUUAUAAGCCUAAGUUCAGAGAGUGAAAAUUCCGAUGUAGAAGAAAUCGGCGUUGAAUCUAAUCAAGCAGCAAAGCCACGUGCAAUCAAACCUAUGCUCAGACAGGAUCAAUUAGCUGGCGAAACUUUAAAAGCUCAAAAACAUGAAAAUGAACGCAUUUCCCGUUUGGAAAAGAAACAUAAUAUGCUAGAUAAAGCCCUCAAAGAGCAAAAUGAAGUGGACAAAAACAAAGAUCUUGUCCUUGAUUACAUUAAGGAAACGAAAACAUUUAUCAAAGUUCAUCCUGGUAUUGUCAAAUACCUCAAGCCACAUCAAUUCGAUGGCGUUCGUUUUAUGUACGACUCCUGCUAUGGCGGAGUGGAUUCUUUGAAGAAAAGUCCUGGUUCUGGUUGUAUAUUAGCGCAUUGCAUGGGUCUUGGGAAGACACUUCAAUUAAUAGCGCUUUUGCAUACUGUGAUAUCUUAUAAGGAGUUAAAAACUACUAAAGUUUUAGUUUUAUGCCCCAAGAGUACCGUUAUGAAUUGGGCCGAUGAGAUUGUAAGGUGGUUGGGUCCAUUACGGCAAAAAAAUUUAAAAGUUUACACAUUUAAUGAUACAUCAGAUAUCUAUGAAAAAUUGAGCAUCUUAAAAGAAUGGUCUCAAUCAAAUCAAGCUCGAGCAGGUUGUUUGUUAAUUGGCUAUGAAGCGUUUCGAACGUUAGUCUUUUAUCAUUCCUAUAAAAAUCGUGGCAAUGUGAGUGCACAUCGCCUGGAGGAAAUACGUAAAAAUGUCAACACAUACCUUUUGCAGCCAGGUUCUGACUUAGUAAUAUGCGACGAAGGACAUAUAAUUAAAAAUAGCAAAUCGGCCAUUAGCAUGGCUGUGGCACAGAUUGUAACGCCGCGACGUAUUGUUUUAACGGGCACUCCCAUACAAAAUAAUCUUAAAGAAUACUACAGUAUGGUAAAUUUUAUAAAACCUCUGUUUUUGGGUACGGAAAAAGAAUUUGCUAAUCUUUAUGCAAAUCCCAUCAAAAAUGGUCAACACAAGGAUUCUGGCAAAACCGAUAUAAAAAUAAUGAAACAAAGAUCAUUUGUGUUACACAAGAAGUUAUCGAAAUUUGUUCAGCGCAAGGAAGCUGAACUUUUAAAAACAUUCUUGCCACAAAAGUUUGAAUAUGUAUUGUUUAUUCCAAUGACUGAAGUACAGAAUAAUCUGUAUCAACACAUAUUGAGUGCUAUAACUAAUCGAGAUGAAAAUUAUCGGGGCAAGGGUCUUAUAACUGAUUACACUUGCCUUCGUAAGAUUUGGACACAUCCUAAAGUCUUAGAGGAUGCUUGGAAGAAUGCUGUUAAUCAACGCAAUAAAAAGGAAAUACGUCAAAAACAGAAAGAUCACAACUCGGAUGAUGACCAACCAGAUGAUAUCUACGACAGCCAGACGGGUCAGAUGUCAGUUACAAAUGAUUGGUGGCGCAGUUUGCUCACUGAAAGAGAUUUAGAAUCUAUAAUGCCCAGUAACAAACUGAGGACAAUGUUUAAAAUUUUGCAAAUGUGCGAAGAAAAAGGGGAGAAAUGCCUGAUAUUUUCUGCAUUUGUCGCAGUCCUAAACGUUGUAGAAUAUUUCUUUAGGAAAAUAACCGAAAAUGAUGAAACCGUUCGAAAGGAACUAGGCAUCAAUAGCUCAUCUCAGUGGAUUCUUGGUAAAGAUUAUUAUCGUUUGGAUGGCAAGACUCCGAAAUCCAUACGCCAUGCUAUGAUAAAUGAAUUUAAUAAUGUCCUAAAUAAGACAGCCAGAGUGUUUUUGAUAUCAGCAAAGGCUGGAGGCCAAGGCAUCAAUUUGAUUGGAGCAAAUCGUGUUAUAAUCUUGGAUACAUCUUGGAAUCCUUCCAAUGAUCAACAGAAUAUCUUUCGCGUUUUUCGCUUGGGCCAAAAGAGAAAUUGUUAUAUAUAUCGAUUAUUGGCCAUGGGCACCAUGGAGGAGAAGGUAUAUUCUCGUUCUGUUACCAAACAAGCUAUGAGUUUUAGAGUGGUGGAUGAACAACAAAUUGAUCGGCAUUAUAAUAUGGCUGAGCUAGCAGAAUUAUAUAUUUUAACAAUACCCGAUCACAGUAAUCGACCCACGCCGAUUUUACCGCAAGACAGCAUACUGGCAAGAUUAUUGCGCUCUUUCCCCGAUUUGGUGUAUAAAUAUCAUGAGCACGAUAGUUUGUUAGAAAACAAAGUAGAACAAGAACUAAGUGAACAGGAAAAGAAUGAGGCAUGGACUGCUUACGAGAGAGACCUGCAAAUGAAUUCGGAAAUAAACGAAAAGCAAAAUAUUGAAGAUUUACAAAAUAAAUUCAAUGCGCCCAACUUAGCCAAUUAUCUAUCGCCAUUUUCUGGUUUAGACGUGAGUACAUCUAAUACAAAUAACAAUAAUACUGGUAAAAACAUGUCAAGUUUGUUUGGUUCCCGAGGUUUUAAUCAACCACUUCUUCAGUCGUUGUUGGGACCAAAUAGUACACCGUCUACUACACAACAAUAUUUGGAUAUGCUUGCUUAUUACAAAAAUUUUAACGCCUAUGCUGAUCUCAAUUCAUAUUCAACGCUUUCCGGCAUUGGAGCCGGUAGAAUGCCAGUGGGACCAUCAACAUCUUCUGCUGCAAAUCCGCUAGCAGCGCUGGGCGAUCUAAGUAUGUACGGCUUACCUUCUUCAGCAUUACAAGGUUUGGGGGCAACUUCAGCUGCGACCAGUAUGAGUUUAGCCAAUAGUGUUUUGGCGGGAGCAUUACCUCCAAUGCCAUCCGUUGUAUCCUCUGCUGCACCAGCUCCAAUGUACACAUCACCAGCGCCCUCUUCUGUUGCCAAUGUUGCACUUUCCUCUGCAGGUUUGACAAAUACCACCAACACUUCGGCAGCAUUGAAUGCAUUUGAACAGUAUCAACAAUCGUUAAGGAACACAUUUCCAAACAUGUACAGUUAUGCGGGCGAUUUUGGUAUAGGCUCGUCGGGUUCUACAAUUUUAGAUAAAUCGAAAUCGGGCAAAAAUUCGAAACACUCAAAUAGUAGCGGUAAUAAAAACACAAUAAAUUUACCAGGUGGAUCUAAAGUGAACCCAAUGGGCAUGUUUCCAGGAUCCGCUAUGUAUAUGCCACAGCAUCAGCAACAACCGCAGCAGCAGCAGCAGCAGCAGCAACAGCAUCAAUCAAGGCCCAGUUCAAGAAAUACUCCUACAGAAUUAUCCAACAAAUCAAAGGCUCAAACACCUUCAUCAUCAUCCUCCUUAGUCGCUUACCCGCCAACAUCUAAUUCGACAUCAACAGUUAACUUAACGUCAGCGGUCAAUACUUCAUCCGCAAGUACAAUGUCAAUAUCACAAGUCAUAUCGAAUGCAUCAAAAUCUAAUACCAGUGACACGUCAAACAGUCUAAUAAACUACCGUCGUUCUGAGCCUAACAGCAAUAGUUCAGGACACACAAAAACUGUGCAGCAAACUUCAAAUUCAUCUACGGGACUGGGUUCUAAACGAACAAAUGCCGAUCAAACUAAUAAUAGCACUUCCAACAUAAGAACAUCAGCCUCCAGCAACAGCAACAGCACACCAAAUUCUAGACAGUUGUCCUCUAAAACCCUGAAUCCGUCGACUCCUGUACAACAACAACAACAACAAUCACAUGCGUCAAAACCUGUGCAAUCUUCGAAUCCUGUGCCGCAACAAAAUUCUUCUUCUAAUCAAAGAUCCUCACAAAAGUCCUCUCACACAAACCAAGCUUCAAGCAAUAUGACUGCAAAGAAUUCCUCUAAUUCUGACAAUGGUCGAUCGACUUCGAAUAUAGGCAUUCUGUACCCCAACUCUAAGGGGCACGAAAAAACUGGAGCCUCCAAACCAAAUUCCCCCAUGAAUAUGGGAAUUGUGUAUCCGAGAUCCUCAUCGAAAAACUCUAAUUCUGAAAUGCAAAUUAUACCCACCUCCUCACCACCGGGAACCACUAGCAUAGCAAAGCAAUUAAAUGAUUUGUCGCCGAGCAUUUCAUUAACGGCUGUCAAGAAUUCUGGCCCCAACAACAAAAAUGUCAAUUCAAGUGCAAAACCAAAUGCAGCCACACAAAAUAUGCAACUAAAUAAAGUUCUUCAAAAUAAUACAACAAUAAGGCGAACCACCAGUCCCGUUGCUAUGUCUGGAGUAAACUCCUCGAAACCACCGUCUAAUGGUAAUACCAAUAGCAACAGUUCUUCAACUACGCCGACAUCUACGCAAAAUCACAGCAACAUUCUGGCGAGAUUUAAGGCCGCAAAUAGCAAGACAUCCACAAAUAAUGGCAAUAACAUUAACAACCCGCCCCCUUUGCACAGAGCGAAUACAACAUUUGGCAUGACUAAGAGCUCCACAGUGAAUAUUUCUGCGAAGCCAUCGUCAGGUUUAACAAUAACCAAUAUUAAGUCUGGCAUAAAGCCCUCGCAAAAUAUUCAAAGCAAACAGCAAUUAGGCAAUAGUGGUGCUAAUCAGGCUUCGACACUAGCUGCAAAACAGCAGGCAGCAGCAUCGGUAGCUAAAUCAAGCAUUCAACGAACUUCUACAUCUUCUUCAGGUGUUAACAAUCCUUCGACACCUCACACUUCUAACUUACAAAGAUCCUCUACGUCAUCGUCUUUAUCUGGAAUUUCAUCUAUAAAGAGAGCUAUUAUUAAACGAACCCCACCCAAUACACCCAGUGCAACUACCAGCAAUAAAUUACCCGCCGCCCUAUCCUCACCCUCAGUAACCGUAACGUCGAGCAAUAAGUUACCCAUUAUAAGUAGCGUAAAAUCGAUGUCCCCCGCAAUGGCCACCAUAACCAAAACAAGCGUUACCAAAAGCAAUCAGCCAGCAGUGGCACAGAGUAAACAAAAUAUAAAUUCUGUGUCCAAUGUUUCCAAAGCACUUGCCCAAAUGCAAAAACGUCUGCCGUCAUCGUUGACGGCAACAGCAUCGAAUCCAUCAUCAACAUCGUCAUCGACAAGCGCCUCUAAUUCACUGCGAAAUACUGUAAAUAUUCGACCAGUGGAUAAUAAGCUGAAUUCUACAGCCAUGGGUGGUGGAGUGUAUAUUAUAGAAACAAAUAUCAAUGAUAAGAAAGUUGCAAUAGGAGCGCCCACAAAAAGUGGCGGUGGCACAACUGUUACCAAAGUUCCCCUUCAAAAUCCAAAUAAACGGAAGAAUACAGAUCCUUUGUCAAAGGACACUAGCAUUGACAGUAAACGUAUGAAAAAUUAGAUAACUUUUUUUGAAUGUUUUUGUUUUUUUUUGUUUAUUAAGAUCGAUUAUUUAUUUUGAUUUUCAAUUAUCGUGUAUUUAAUUCUCAAGUCUCGUGUAUUUAAUUUUCAUUAAUCGGAUUUAAAAAUUAAGAACAAAAAAAAUAUUAAUAUUGGAGUUUAUAAUUUAUUUUUCUAUAUUGGAUGAUCAUAAUGUAUAUAAAUAUAUGUUA